AUGCCUUCGUGGGCGCCUCUCACCGAGGAACAGCUACAACAAAGGCGAGUUGUCAGCGUCAACGCCGAGACCGUCACCAACACUGCAUCGACCGAUAUACCCGGUCACUAUGGCCCUGCACAAGACGACUCGUGGGAUCUGGAGCGCUUCAAGAAGGACCUAAAGGUGCACUUUCACCAAAACAAGCCAUACGACGCAGCAUUCAGCCUGGUGGGCGUCGAUUCAAGCAUCGCGAACGCUUUCCGCCGAAUACUGCUUUCCGAACUACCAACACUUGCGAUCGAGGAUGUCUUCAUCUUCGACAACACCAGCAUCAUCCAGGAUGAGGUUCUCGCGCACAGAUUAGGCCUGAUACCUCUGACAGGCGGACAUGAGGGCCUGAGGUGGAUGCGCUGGUAUAAGAAGCCUCCGCCAAAGGAUGACUACGCUGCACAAGCGGCAUAUGAGGCAGAGCAGCACGAAGGAGGGGCAGAUAUUGGAGCCAGCACGCCGAGUGACUACAAUACAGUCGUCAUGACACUCAAUGUCACAUGUCGGUGGGCGACUAUGGAAGAAGACGGACGAGACGGACAUAAGUUGGCCAAAGAUGGAAGCACAGAUCCGAACGAGAGAUACGUCAACAGCAACGUCUAUGCUAGCCAACUCGUGUUUGAGCCGCAAGGGAAUCACCAACCCAAGCUGUUUGCGGGAGAAGAUGCGAUACGACCUGUGAACCCCGAUAUUCUGAUCGCGAAGCUACGGCCAGGACAGACGAUUCACGUGCGGUGUCACUGCAUCAAGGGCAUCGGCGCGGAUCAUGCCAAGUUUUCCCCUGUCGCAACGGCGUCAUAUCGCCUGUUACCCGACAUCAAAAUCACAAAACCAAUCACGGGUGCGUCGGCGAAGUCGUUCCAGAAGUGCUUCCCUCGAGGCGUCAUCGGGCUAGAAGACGAUCCGGAUUCAGGCGAGAAGAAAGCUGUCGUUGCCGACCCGUUCAAGGACACAGUGAGCCGGGAAUGCUUGAGGUAUGACGAGUUCAAGGACAAGGUCAAGCUGGGGCGGAUACGGGAUCACUUCAUCUUCAGCAUUGAGAGCAGUGGUCAAUUUGAGAGCGACGAGCUCUUCAUCGACAGCAUACGGCUACUCAAGAGCAAGGCCGAGACCUUUAAGCGACAUCUGGCCAAUUUGAACGAGGGCAAUUGA